AUGGCAUCAGGAGCUAGGGUUGUUCUCGAAUCUGAAGAACGGGGUGUUCGGAGACCAGUGAUCGAUCAAAACUUCUUUCACAGCUACAGAAAAGCAGCUGUGAUGCCGGAUGAAAUCGUUACGGCAGUCGUUAUCCCCCUUACCAAGCAGAAUCAAGUCUUUCGCGUUUAUAAACAAGCCCAGCGUCGUGAGGAUGACAUCGCUAUUGUAACGGGAGCUUUCAAUGCUCUAGUGAAUCCGGAAACGUUUGUUUUAGAAGAUAUAAAGAUUUCCUAUGGUGGUAUGGCUCCUACAACGAAGUUGGCGCUAAAUACUAUGAGUACCCUGAAGGGAAAGUGAGU